UUUCUUUCCCCCGAUCCAUGAAAUUUAUUUUGAUUACACGUCAUCGUGAUACGAGAAAUACACUUUGCGCGUGAACUUGAUGUCAACUACAGGUGCCUCUGCUUUGGCAAGAAAAAAACCUAUAUAGUUUCGUGAUAAGAAUAUUGAUAGUUUGAUAAAAAUGCGGCAAUUAAAGGGUAAAGUUAAAGAAACACGAAAACAGAAGAAAGAACGUAAAUUGGAAAAUGCUGAAAUCCAAAAGAAAAUUACCACAGUUGUGCUGCCCAUUUUAUGUGCUAUCGUGGCACUAAUAAGUGUUUAUGUUUAUUUAAAAACUCGCCCUGUAGAAUCAUAAGAUGUCAUCUCUCUAUUAGCGUGUUUAAAAAAUAAAUAUAUUUUUAGUAAUGCCUUAAACCCUCCAAAUAGUUUGUAAAGUACCUAAACUAUCUAUCUACCUACUAAGUAGGCGUUCCGAACAAUAAAAUGGUCAAUUCCAUUUUAGGAUCGAAUUGUGUAAAACUCAAUUCAGAGCGAAUGAAAUUUUACGACAUUAAUUUUUUAAAGAGAAAUUCGUAAAUAUAUUUAUCUUGAAAGUGGACUUGAUCAUAUACUAUUUUGAACGCCUAGUAUUUGUAAAUAACAAACAAAAAAGAUGAAUUUACUAUUUUAUUACUAUAAACUACAUAAUAUAUAUGCAAUGUUAAUUUCAAAUAAUAAAGAUGUAUAAA